UGCCCUGUCUUUGCUAGAAGAAUAACGUACAAGCUGUUUUACCCAGCUGAAAAUAAGGCUCUUUUUACUUGAUUAUAAAAUUGUACAAUAGUAAUUUUGUGGUAUCUGCGACUAAGGAAAAUGAAUUGCUAUUGAGGAGUAUGUUGAUUGUAGGAAUUUUUUGCUGCUGACGAAGAAGCAAUCAGAUAUGCGGUCAGAAUUUUAAGACCAGCUCAGAAUGCACUUGGUUUUCUUUGGCUGGCUGCUGAACGAAGCUCUGCAGCCGGAUGUGUGUGCUUUAAUACUCCAGUUUUAACAUAUGGAAUAUGAAAGAAAUGUAAGGGCUUCUAGUACAUAAAAGCAAUGGGGAGUAAGUCUGGAUUUUCAAACUCUGUUUCUCAGCCGGAACAUCCAUUCUUCCAAGUAUCAGGCAGCCACAACCAGCAGUCUACAACAUUUAGACAUCCUGUGACUGGCCAGUUUUCCCCAGAAAACACUGAGUUUAUUUUGCAAGAGGAGCAAAAUUCACGGAUGUCCAAGCAUCAAAUGAACCAAAGACCCUCAAGCAUGGUCAGUGAAACAUCCACUGCAGUAACUACGUCUACUGUUGAUACAAAACCUAGCUCCAAGGUAGUAAAGUCUGGCAAUAAAAUUCACAGCUUUGGGAAAAGGGAGCAGGCCAUAAGGAGAAACCCUAAUGUUCCUGUUGUGGUAAGAGGCUGGCUUCAUAAGCAGGAUAGCUCUGGGAUGAGACUGUGGAAAAGAAGAUGGUUUGUGCUUGCAGAUUAUUGUUUAUUUUAUUACAAAGACAGCAGAGAAGAAUCUGUUCUUGGAAGUAUACCACUGCCUAGCUAUGUAAUAUCACCAGUUGGACCUGAAGAUCACAUAAAUCGCAAGUUCUCCUUUAAGGCUGUCCAUACCGGCAUGAGGGCAUAUAUCUGUAAUAAGAGUUUUGUUAUUGGCUCUCAGGCAGAACAUUCAGGGAUGCGCACAUAUUACUUCAGUGCAGAUACUCAAGAAGAUAUGAAUGGCUGGAUUCGGGCUAUGAAUCAAGCUGCUCUUAUGCAAACGUGUUCAUCACCAAAGAGAGAAAUAGGAAAAAAGGAUCAGCAAGCUGUUCCCCAAGCUAAUCAUGUGGAUGCCUGCAACGAAUGUGCAAAGUUAGAUCCUGCUGAUGCAAAAGGAAAUUAUAGAAAAUCACCUGAAAGCACUGUGUAUGAUAAGCGUGAAGAAACAAGAAAAGUAAGCGAAGGGCAGCAUUAUGCCUUUAGGAAGAAUGCUGUGGAAUCAAAAAGAGAGAAAUCCAAACAUCUUUUAGAGGUUGGCUCAUCAAAUCCAGAGUCAAGUAUGUCUCGGUCCCAAAUAGCACAGCCUGUCGAGAAGAAUGGAACACUUUCCAAUUCAUUAAAUACAAGUACUGGCCCAGUAGAGCAGAAUGGUAUCGGUUUAUAUAAGCGAGGAUUUGUUUCCAGACCAACACAAAAGCAGACACAAAGGAACAACAACAUGGCUCACAUAGAGCACUGGGUAAAAGUCCAAAAAGGAGACACGAAAAGUCUUGCAUCUGAUCAGACUCUUACUCGACAAGCACCCAGUCAUUCUGUAUCCUUUCCUGAAAAUUACCAUACAUUGCCAAAGAAUACUAGGCAGCCUCCAGGAAGCUCACCUCCUUCAAAUCGUAAUUUGCCAAGUGACUACAAAUAUGCUCAAGACCGGGUUAGCCACUUGAAGAUGUCCCAUGAUGAGAGAAGAGCUAAUAAAGAUGGUACUGUGUGGCAGCUGUAUGAAUGGCAGCAGCGACAGCAGUUUAAACAUGGCAGUCCAACAGCACCUAUCUAUAUUGGUUCACCAGACUUUACAGACCGUAGUAAAGGAAGAAGUUCGCUAGAUGUUCCACGUUCAGUUUCUGUUCCCCCAUCUCCUUCUGAUAUCCCUCCACCAGGACCACCCAAAAUCUUUCCCCCCAGAAGACCACACACUCCUGCAGAAAGGGUUACUGUCAAGCCUUCUGAUGAGAGGCAAACAAUAGACAUUUCUUUUGCUGGAUCACCAAGGAAGAAUCGGAACCCAUCUAGAAAGAAUUCAGCACAUAUAGAUAGGCGCUCCAUGCCUACAAUGGGAUAUAUGACUCAUACUGUAAGUGCUCCAAGUUUGCAUGGGAAAUCGGCUGAUGAUACCUACAUCCAGCUGAAGAAAGAUCUUGAAUAUUUGGAUCUGAAGGUGACAGGGCGUGAUACAACAAAAGAACGAAAUACAAAACCCAUCAAGAUUGGAGAAAGUGAUGUUGAUGUGAAACUGAGUGUUUUAUGUGAACAAGACAGAAUUCUGCAAGAUCUUGAAGAUAAAAUAAGAGCUCUGAAGGAAAAUAAAGACCGAUUGGAAUCUGUCCUGGAAGUGUUACAUAGGCAGAUGGAACAAUACAAAGAUCAACCUCAACACACAGAUAAAAUUUCAUAUCAGCAGAAACUUUUGCAGGAGGAUCUCAUACAUAUUCGGGCUGAAAUAUCCAAAGUAUCCACAGAAAUGGAAAAUGCCUGGAAUGAAUAUCUGAAAUUGGAAAAAGAUGUAAACCAGCUGAAACAAGCCUUACAGGAACAGAUGAACAGGUCAUUUUUAUCUCAGGAGAAAGCUCAGAUACAAAAAGAUUUGUGGAGAAUUGAAGAUGUUACAGCUGGCCUAAGUGCUAACAAAUCCAACUAUAAAGUCAUUAUAGAAUCUAUAAAGAAUCCAGAAAGAAAAACAGUGCCUUCAUUUUCAAAACCUCUGGUGCCUUCAUCAUCACCCACUUUCAUGUCAGCAGACAGCAAACUUUCUACUCAGCAAAGUCCACCAUCUAGUCCUGUCAAGCCUUCUCUGGAAGUCAGACUUUUCUCUCAGCCUUACACACAGCCUAGAAUGUUCUCUCCAUCACAACAAGUGAAAAAAGUUGAGCCUCCAAUUCAGUCACCAAUAAAAUUAAAGCCAAAGGAAGAUGAAGCACCACCAAGGCCCCCCCUCCCACAGUUGUACAGCCCAGAUGACCACCCACCAGCCAUCCCGCCUCUUCCCAGGGAAGCCACUGUCAUCAGGCACACAUCAGUAAGGGGCCUGAAACGUCAGUCAGAUGAGAGAAAAAGAGACCGUGAACUAGGACAGUACGUGAAUGGAGAUUACAGGGUAGAACUUCGCUCAUACGUGAGUGAACCUGAAUUGGCAACUAUAGGUGAUCUCAAUCAGCCGUCCAGUGGCUAUCUAGGUGUUGACACUAGAUACCAAACAUUACCUAGCAGAGGAUUAUCUGGCUCAACUUCCAGGCUCCAUCAGACAUCCCUAGUUUCAUCUUAUGCAACACUUCGUAGAGAUGGUUCCAAGGAGAGACCAAAGAGUGCCUUGGAACGUUUAUAUUCCGGAGACCACCAAAGAGGCAAGAUGAGUGCUGAAGAACAGCUAGAAAGAAUGAAGCGACAUCAAAAGGCAUUAGUUCGUGAACGCAAGAGAACUCUUGGCCAGGGAGAAAGACAGUCUGUCUCGUCACGAUCAUUCAUCCGACCAGUUUCUGCAGACGUAGGCUCAUGGAAACGAGAGCAAGAAUUUGACUUGCAGCUGCUGGAAAGAACAGUACGCACAGAACAAAAGGAGGAAAAUAGUUGGUUAAGAAUUGAGCCUGUACGUGUGAUGGAAGGAGACCUUGAACCUCAAGAUUAUAACCUGGAUAUUAGCAGAGAGUUGUCAAAACCUGAAAAGGUUGCAAUUCCAGAACGGUACGUUGAUCUGGAGCCUGAAGAGCCACUCACCCCAGAAGAACUAGCAGCAAGGCACCGAAAGGCAGAAAAAAUAAAAAAUAUUCUCACUAGGUCCAGCAUGCACAAUCUGCAACCUAUAGCUCAGGACAAUCACAAUUCUGCUAAUUUAGAUUCCCAGUUACAAGAGCAAGAACGCAUCAUUAACAUAUCAUAUGCAUUGGCUUCUGAAGCCUCUCAACGGAGCAAGGAAGUGGCAGCUCCACAAUUGACCUACCCAUCUAAAGCACCCUCACCUUCUGUACCUCAGACACCCCCCUUAAGCAAUGGAUUUCACUACACAUUUGUGUAAACGCCUUGAAACCAAAGCAGUAACUGAACGCUAAUAUCUGGAAGGCACCAGUGACAGCCACCUGAUGAGCAAGUGCAGUAAGGAGGAAGAAAGAAUCUUUCCUGCCUUAGCUUUCUUUCAUACUUAUUCUAAUUUAAACACACUUUAUAAAUAUAGAUGAAAUAACUACAUAGAGUUUUGUAUGGAAAAAAGGAGAAACUGUUUAGUUGAUCCAAACUGCAACUGUCUGUUCUGUUGUUUUGUAUACAAGCAGCACUUUUAAUAUACUAUAUAAAAUUUUAAUAAUAAUACUGGCCACAAGCCACUGCUCAGUCAAGAACAUUCAGUCCUGUUGUUGUUAAUAGGUCAUGAAGGUAUAUUGUACUGGAUGUAAGCCAAUGUAUUUUUAGAAACCGAAUGUGUAUUAUAUAUGUUUUUUAAUGAAAAGAAAAACAAGGGCUACAUUCAUUUUAAUGUCCAGCUACAUGCUAUAAAACAGGCUUUUUUGCUUUUGUUUUUUAAAAAGAAAAUAUUUUUGGUAGCAUGUGAUAAAAAUAACUUGAGAUUUUUUGACAACUUUUCAGAGCUGAUAAUGUCUUUGUGACCACUGUUUAACAAUCAAAAGCAGAUGCAAAAGAUACAAAGGAUGUACCCCAUUUUCAUAUGUACUGUACAGACUUUUAGCAUUGGCAAUAGCUGCAGACCCUAUGGUCUCAUUACAUAAUCUAACAGCACUACCCAGUGUUUUUUAGCAUGCAUUUAUCUUCAAACAUAGGGUCAGGGCAGUGAAAUAUUUCAGGUAUGAUUAAUUUCCUACCUUAUCACAGGCACAGCUUCUAUGACCUAACUCUGGUAUUGUACUGAUGCUGCAAUGCCAAUGUAGCAUUGCAUUCGCCUCUUCCCUACUGUGGCACACAAUGUUGCCUGAAAAGUGAUUUAGGGGUACAAGGAGUGCUGCAAUGGGGAGCAGAAAUUGAUGCCCUCCUGAUUUCUUUGAUGACAACAGUUUCAUCAGUGGACGUGCCUCACUGGAUCCUGUCCUUUGCUACCAUAGCAUAUAACAGAAGUCUGAUUUCUCCUCUGCUCUUUAGAGUGGCAGGAACACAGCACGUGCAGGGAGCAUGACUGGCCAUUUUCUAGACUGGGAAAUCUGGUGCCCUCCUCUUACCUCCCUGUUCCCUGGAUUUGAGUCGGUAUUUGGAAAAACAUUUGUCAUGCACAGGUAAAAUAAAAUAACUUCAAGAGCCAUGAGCCCCUUGCACUGGUAGUGCAUGUGUGUGAGUACUCAAGAGGAGGGGAGGGGACUCUUUUGUGCCUACUCAGAAUCUAGUGCAUGGCAAGUGCCACAUCCACUUUAAAUUUAAAUACAUAAAGUGAGCAAUACAACUGAUAAUAGAAUGUAUCAUUUUACUAAUAUAUAUCUAUAUUCUUUAUAAUGUUUUCAGCAGGAAGAAACAAAAUGAAUAGUUUUUAAUAAUGUUGUAUAUUAAUUCAUCAGAUCCCCUCAGCCUUGCUAAAACCAUAAAUUACAGUAUGUUUUCUUAAGCCUUUGGCAAAAAAAGCUUGCUAAUGGAAAGAAAAGGCUAAUGAAUGACUGAUGCUACAAUCAGUAGAUCUUAAGUUAGCCAUGUCUCUUGUAAGUUCCAUUGAUUUCAACAGGUACACUCUAAAAAUGAUUAAAUUAGGGUCCAAUCCAUUUUGCAAAUAUCCAAUAAGUUGUCCAUAAUGAGUGAACUCACGCAUACUCAGUGUACUGUUAAAUUUAUUUUAGCAUUCCACAGUAGUUCACUUUGUUAAUGGAAUACACUGUAUGUGAAAACAACACUAACUCAAUUGGACUGUUUUGGUAGAAGGUGAUGGCAUAAAUGGUCUACUUCCAUUGUCUGCAGAGAAGCUAUCCUCAAUGACUCAGUACUGCAAUGGUCCUCUUUGUCCUAUUCCCAGCCGCUGCUAGCAACAUUCACUUGUGAGGUAAAUUCAUGCAGUUACUCCCAGUAAUGACAGAUUUCCUUCUGGUAAUCUGUUCUAGCAAGAGUGUGGAACUCCUGCUACGUGGGCACUGUUGAGUGGCCUUCAUGUGGAAAGCUAACAUGUUGAGUGGCAGUUCCUACAGUACAUAGCUGGGAUGGAAAGUCUACAAGUGCAUUAAUUUUCCAGCCUCUCCUUUAUAAAGUGGUUCCUGUAUGGACUGUUGCCCAAUUCAGGCAUUAAAGAAAGAGUUGAUUUGAAAGGGCUGAACUUGGGGAAAGAGUUCUGACUCAGCCCCCUGCCCACGGGGGACAGAGACUGCCUGAAGAGAGCCUCGUCUUCUGCGCACAUAAUUUCUCCAUACCAGUGGGCAUCCUGAAAAAGCAUGGAUUGCCUGCCUCCUGGUUAGAUUGUUGUUCUUCACAUGGAGGUGGGGACAGGCAGGAGGCAGAGCUACAACUCUCUGAUAAUUCAGUGUAAGUUCUUUUUCAAUGUGUGAAUAUGGCUAAUGGGAAAUAGAGAAUGUUGCCUUCUGAAAAAUGGGAUUGGAGAAAGCCCUGUUUGUGAAAUUUUGUUUAUCCUUUGAACAAUGAGGUAUAGCACCUGUUAAUGAGUAGUUACAAGAUAGGUGGAGUGCACGGUAAGGAUUAAAUGUGUGAAAAAUUAGUUUGGGGUGUCAUUAACUAUUAUGGAUUUCCAGAAUAAAAGGUGUAGAUAACUGGAAAUGAUAGAAUCCAGAGAAUUGCACAUUCCUUUCCUGGUGUUACUUUGAUUUUUGUUCGUUUUGAACAGCAGUUCCCUGCAUGAUGAUGUUGAGACUUCUGACUAGUAUCGAAAUCUUCUUGUGCUGCUACUUUGUCAGGCGACUGCCAUUCAGUGUUUAAAUAAAAAAGGUCAUCCUGGAAGCAUACAAUGGGGUAGGUUUAGACAAUGUCUGUGGCUAUAGGAGAUACAUUUGAUAGCUGAACUGAGGAUUUAAUUGUAUGCAAGUUUGCUUCAAACAAGAAUGGGAUGCUCAGAAUAAAUUUGGCAAAUGUAAAUGUCUAGGAAUAGGUGAGGAGUGUUAAUACUUCAAGAGACGCGUGAGACAGUAAGUCUGAGGAAAAUUGAGUAAUAUGGAACUAAAAUUGGUCUGUAAAAUUGUUGUGUAAAAAAAUUGUUUUGCAAAUUUGUGCAGAUCAACCUGUGCAGUUGACAGGUGUUCAGGCAAAUUGUGCCACAUUUCACAAGUGUCAGUGUAAAUAGUUUUUCUUACACAUAAAUUCUCCAUCAGAAAAAAAAAUCUUGCCUGUAGUGGCUACAACUUUUUCUCAGACUCACCUUUGUUAUCUGUAUCUCUUGAAGUGAUAAGAAAUCUAUAUCCAUAUAAACCUGCUUCCCACUUCUUGUAAUAGUGUUGGUUGAGAAGGGGUUCAGGCAUAUCUUCAACCAGUUGAACUUUCACAAAGAAAAGAUGCUUGUGCUUUCUGUGUGGUUAUUUAAUUAAAGGUACUAGCUCUCCCUAUAUAUGUCUCUUAUAAAAAAAUAAUUACAACUUUUUAAAAUUAUUAAAUAAAAAUUCUUAUUCUAUUUUGACUAUACUUGGAAGAUAUUCUUGAGAAAUGUAUUUAGAAUUUGCAGUCUAUUUUUAACUAACUAAUACUGCCACUGUCAAGUCUGUUAACUUUUUGCCAAAAUGAAAUUUAUUUUAUUUUUGCCUUUAUUAAAGCAUUGAGAUAAAUAUUUUGGAAAAAAACAUUUAUUUAAAAAAUAUGUAACAGUUUGGGGAUAAUGCAUAUGUACAUAUUAAACUAUUAACAUAA